AUGUUGUUCACUUACCUCAAAUGUAAUGCUGAUUCAUCAAAUCUCGAAGCUGCUAAGAUUAUUUGCGAAUCGCUCGCCAUAUCAGACACAUUAUUUUUUUAUGACUCCGCGAUCUUAAAUAGACAACAACAAAGACAACAAGAGAUGGAAAAAAAUAAGUGGGGAUUGUGCUGGGAUUACGUCAUGUUUAUUUCAUGUUCUACAAUGUAA